CACUUUUUUAUCGCCUUAUAACAAGGUAUCUCACUGGCGCGAAAAACGCACUGUGUGGCUUUCUAUUACACAUUGUGGGGCGGAUCUAUAGUGCCUGUUGUUCGAGCCCCGGCGUUUUUCUCUUUGCCUUUUGCGUUUUUAAACUGAAUUAAGAACAAAAAGUAUUACAUGCACCGUCUUUGUAUCCGCUCGGACAGUUUGCAGGGUUUUUUUUAUCCGUCUGAUCCCUGUGGGCCGUGGACACUUUGCUCUUUGGUUGCCGGAGAGGUUUUCGAUGCCCUGAAUUUCGCAUUGGGAUUUUGUUUUUUCAGCGCAGAAGCCGGUUGUGCAGGACGUUCUUCAGAGGCCACUGGUGUCAUUAGAUCAUUUCUGGGAAUAAACUGUAGAGGAUUUUAUUAGCUGGAAACAUGGAGUUCGACUGUUACCAGCACUAUUUUCUCGAUGAUUUCGACACCGAGGAGGAUUUUUACAAGUCAACCGCACCAAGCGAGGACAUAUGGAAAAAGUUCGAGCUGCUGCCCACCCCUCCCAUGUCUCCCACCCGGACUCUGAGCGGUGCCGCUCUGCACCUCUCGCCGGGAGACAAGCUCAGCUGGCUGUCCAAGGUGCUGGGUCAGGACGAGGAGUACGAGGGUCAGUUCAUCCCCGAUACGGAGGAGCUGUUCGGCAACCUCAGCUCCAUCAUCAUCCAGGACUGUAUGUGGAGCAGUUUCUCCGCCAGCAAGCAGCUGGAGAAGGUCAACGGGAGAAUGUCAGCUGCGGCGCAGACCGGUGCUUCCCCGGUGGCCCAGAUCUCCGUGAGACCGAGCAAAGCGCAGUGCGUCUCGCCGCCCGGUGGCCCGCUCGCCGCUUCGGCGACAGACUGCGUCGACCCGGCGGCUGUUCUCACCUUCCCGGCGAGCAGCUGCAGGAAGCCGGCGUCGUCUGGCUCAGAGUCUCGCUCUGAUUCCUCUGAUGAUGAAGAGGAAAUCGAUGUGGUCACCGUGGAGAGCAAACAGAACCGGGUGCGGCUGGUGAAUGUCAGAAAACCAGUCACCAUCACGGUCCGGGCUGACCCCUGCCCCAAACGCUUCCACAUGUCCGUCCACCGGCAGCAGCACAACUACGCCGCCCGCUCUCCAGACAGUGAGCCGGAGGACGAUGAUGAGGAGGAGGAAGAGGAGGAGGAGGAGGAGGAAGAGGAGGAAGAGGAAGAGCCUCAAAGCAAGCGUGCCUGCAUGGCAUCCAGUUGCGUCUCCCAGCCCUCCUCCCCCACAGAGACUCCCCAAAACUCAGACGUGGAGGACACUGACCGCAGGCGGAACCACAACUUCCUGGAGAGGAAGAGGAGGAACGACCUCCGGUCUCGUUUCCUCGCCCUGCGGGAUCAGAUCCCUGGCCUGGAGUCAGCCAAAACUCCCAAGGUGGCCAUCCUGACCCAGGCAACGGAGUACCUCGUGGAGCUGCACACCAGGGAGAAAAGGCAGCUCCAGGAGAAGAAGCGCCUCAAAUCCCGACAGCAGCAGCUUCUUCGCAAAUUAUCAGAACUGAAACGCUCUUGAGACUCACUUUUUGAAAGAAACUGCCUCAUUCACAGCCAAGAACUUUCCUCUCAAGUCAAUUGUCACUUUUGAAAAGCUACAGUUUUUAUAUAACAACAUGCCUCAUGUAAAUAGCUGUGAACUUCAUUUUGUUUGGAAUACUGCUGUGGGCUUCAAAUGAAUUGACUGUGCUGGCCUGUGAACCUGUUCUGGGGAGGAGCAGUUAGAUCUCAGUGUGCUGUGUUUUAUGUUGAACAGGGGAGUAAAUGAAUUGACUUUUAUAGCUAUGACCAAGAUAUUUCCUGGUAUGCUGUGAUGGGAUAUGAGAAAAAACCUGUUUGUGUUAAUAGUUUACCUGUGUGAUAGUGAACAUAUGUAGCCUUCAAGAUAUGUGUGGAGUGUUGGGAGGGCUUUGUUGCACACUUAUAAUGGAUUGAAGUGUAAAUGCCUUUCUGUGUAUAUAAGGGUGAAUGAGCCUGUUGUAUGACUGAUGGUUUGAUGUACAAAUUGUUCUGUAAAUAAUAGCUUAUUGCUCCUGGUCUGGGACACAGUAAGUUGUCAGUGGGAACUGUUCCUCUGUAUGAUGUGCCACCAGGCACAGAGGAGCCUCUAUUUUGUUAAGAAAAUAGGAAAAUGGACAAAAAAAUAAAUAAGUAGCACUGCUGUACUUUAUAUCCACACGUCACUUUGUGAUUUCAAUGCUUCUUCCUGAUUUUGGUUGAUUUUUUUUUUAAAAAGCAUGCUAACAUCAACAGCAACAUUAAAUUUUUAUACAAUAUUUGCAUACAA